AUGGCUCCAACCGAUAGCAAGAAGCGCUUGGCUUUGGCCAUCAUCGAUUUCCUGGGCUCUAGUCUGAAAGAUGGCACACUUACCGCCGACGAUGCCGAGUCGAUCGAGAUCGCACAGUCUUGUAUCGCUGAUACUUUCAAAGUUGACCCGACCGAUGAAGCUGCUGUGAAAGAUGCCGUGGGCGGACAAUCGCUGGUGGGAAUCUACAGUGUCUACGAGAAGUUGCGCAACAAGUCCACCCCGCCAGCCACUGGCGCCGGCGCUGAGACUUCCGGAGAUGCGAAGCCCAAGGCGGGCACACCUACACCGGAAUCCGACAAGCUGAAGUCCGAGGCUAAUGCCCUCAUGGCCAAGAAGGACUACGCCGCUGCCAUUCAGCAAUACACCAAGGCUCUCGAGAUUGCUCCAGCGAACCCCAUUUAUCUUUCCAACCGCGCAGCCGCAUACUCCGCUUCCGGCCAGCAUGAAAAGGCUGCCCAGGAUGCCGAACUCGCCACCGCUGCUGAUCCCAAGUACUCCAAAGCGUGGAGCCGUCUCGGUCUCGCUCGCUUCGACCUCGGAGAUUACCACGCCGCCAAGGAAGCAUACGAGAAAGGUAUCGAGGCAGAAGGCAACGGUGGCAGUGAGGCCAUGAAGCGUGGUUUGGAAACCUCCACUCGCAAGCUGCAGGAGGCCACUCGUACCAGCGAGCCUCCUUCCGAGGAACUUGACACUGCACCUGGUGCCUCACGUGGUAGCGGUGGUGGUAUGCCCGACCUUUCUUCCUUGGCCGGCAUGUUUGGUGGCGGCGGCGGUGGUGCCGGCGGCGGUGGUGCCGGCGGAAUGCCAGACCUGGGCUCCAUGAUGAGCAACCCGAUGUUCGCCAGCAUGGCACAGAAUCUCAUGAGCAACCCUGAUAUGCUUGGAAACUUGAUGAGCAACCCUCGUCUUCGUCAGAUGGCAGAAAGCUUCGGCCAAGGUGGCGGCGGCGGCGGCAUGCCUGACAUGUCCAGCCUGAUGAGCGAUCCCAGCAUCGCAGAGAUGGCUCGAAACAUGAUGGGCGGCGGUGCCGGCGGUGCCGGCCCUGGAAAAUAG